UUUGCUAAUUAGCGUUCCGCCGCACAUAUUACCAUGGCUGAAGAACAGGAACUACUCGACUACGGCAGUGACGAAGAAGUCGCUGUCGACAACAAGGCCAACGCCAAGGAGACCAAGAAGGGCCAUUACGUCGGCAUCCACAGUGCCGGCUUCAAGGACUUCUUGCUCAAGCCCGAAGCGUUGCGUGCCGUCGUGGACUGCGGGUUCGAACAUCCGUCUGAAGUGCAACACGAAUGCAUUCCUCAAGCUGUGCUCGGCAUGGACAUCAUUUGCCAAGCCAAGUCUGGGAUGGGCAAGACUGCCGUGUUCGUGUUGGCCACGUUGCAUCAAUUGGAACCAGUGGAGAACCAAAUCAGCGUCGUGGUCUUGUGCCACACCCGCGAACUUGCGUUCCAAAUCGCUCAUGAAUAUGAGCGAUUCAGCAAGUAUUUGCCCGACGUGAAGACGGCUGUGUUCUAUGGCGGCGUCCCCAUUGUGCAAAACCGCGAAACGUUGAAGAACAACCCUCCUCAUAUCGUGGUGGGCACUCCGGGCCGCGUCCUCGGCCUGAUCAAGGAAAAGACCUUGAAGCUGGACAAGGUCAAGCACUUCGUAAUGGAUGAAUGUGACAAGCUCUUGGAUGCCGUGGACAUGCGUCGCGAUGUGCAAGAAAUUUUCAAGUCGACGCCGCAUGACAAGCAAGUGAUGCUCUUCUCGGCCACGUUGAGCAAGGAAAUUCGCCCCGUGUGCCGCAAAUUUUGCCAAGACCCCAUGGAAAUCUACGUGGACGACGAAACCAAGCUGACGCUGCACGGCCUGCAACAAUACUUCAUCAAGCUUCAAGAGUCCGAGAAGAACCGCAAGUUGAACGACUUGUUGGAUGCCCUCGAAUUCAACCAAGUGGUGAUCUUCGUGUCCAAGAAGAACCGCGCCCGCGAAUUGAGCCGCCUGUUGAACGAGUGCAACUUCCCUUCGAUCUGCAUCACGUCCGACCUGCAGCAAGAAGAACGCAUCAAGCGCUACAAGAGCUUCAAGGACUUCCAAAAGCGUAUCUUGGUCACGACGGACUUGUUUGGUCGCGGCAUGGACAUUGAACGCGUCAACAUCGUCGUCAACUACGACUUCCCCAACGACUCGGACCAGUACCUGCAUCGCGUCGGGCGCGCCGGUCGUUUCGGGACCAAGGGGUUGUCCAUCAGCUUCAUCUCGUCCAACGAAGACUCGGACAUGCUCGCCAAGGUCCAAGCUCGGUUCGAAGUCAACAUCCCCGAACUGCCCGACCAAAUCGACAUUUCGACCUACAUGGCCACGUAAAUUUUGAUUCCUUGCACCUCUCGCGCCCAUGGCCUCCCUAAUCUUGAUAAUAUCCACAACCCCCUCCCCCGUUGGCCUGGUCAACAAACAUCCCUUGUAAAACUCCAUGACUGGUCCCAGUCCAAGAAGGUCCGCCGCCCCUGAAGCGGCCAACCUCCAUGCCAAGUGGCAGUUCCAUGUGUGUCCUACAGCUGUAGCAGCACAGAGCGUCCUAACGCCACGGAAUUGGCACUCGCCAUAUCUUGAGCUACCGGUAGUUUGUCUAAGCAGAACAGCUACAUACUUAGCCAAGGAUAUUACGACCUUUGGCAAUAUUAUUAUCCUCCCAAAGACACACACUCUGGCAUACUAAUCCCAUCAACUCCAUGAGAUAUGGUUUAAAAGACACACACUCUGGC